GUCAAUCAUCACAAUCGACAUUGAGGCAAGAAGGACCCCCACACGAAUGAAAACAGAAUUAGAGUGAUAAUCCCUUUUGGUCAUAUUAAUGUUACAACUUAUUUCCAUUUACAUUUCUUUCCCAGUACCUGUUUAGUUUCUCUAAACGCCACAAUGUUUAUCUCGUCACAAAACCCACCACCCUGCUUUAAAGGUUUCACCCUCGUCAUGGGACCCCUGUCUUUUAAGCAUUAUUGGGAAAUAAACCCACUUUUGAGUUGAAAGCCUGUUCCAGGCCAGUUGGACCAAGUAAUCUAACAGGUCUAGCAAUAAAUAUUUUUUUAACAUUACCAAUAUAGUUUUCAUUGAACCAUUCAUGUCCAAAUUAUUAUGUAGAUAUUUAUAACAUUCUCACGUGUUUGCAUUGGUGCAACCAGCAGUGGCUGUUGGUAAUGUGGGACAGCUGGCCGUGGACCUCAUUUUGUCCACUCUCAAAAUGAGAAGAGUAGGCUAUAUACACACAGACUGUCUCAUCCCCAUGACUGGAAACAACCCAUACGCCACCUGUAAUGAAGACGCCGAGGAGCUGCACACCCCUGCAGAAGUUUACACAGCAACAGAACAGAAGAUGGCAAUUCUUCAAAUCAGGGCGCCAAUUAUUCAGACAAAAUCCAAAAAGUUCCGUCAGCUGCUUGUGUCUUGGAUCAAAGCCAGCGGGUUCUCCAGGACUGUCGUUCUGUCCAGCAGCCACGCCUACCAGAGGGAUGACCAACAGAUGAAGGGCACUCCUUUAAGGUACCUGGUCACUCCGUCCCUGCUGAAGGAAAGUGCGCUUGCGUUGGAGGAGCUUAGCUGGAGGGAGAUGGAGCAAGUGCCGGCCUUCCCAGGACUGACGGACGCCAACACAGACCCUCGACUCUAUAUCCCUGGAGGAGGCAUAACCAAAGGACUCUACAUGGACAGCUGCGCAGUGGAUCUCCCUCUGGCUGUGCUGCUGCUCUUCUGUUCAGAAGGUGACAACAUCCCAGACGCCUUUACGCUUGUCAACCACCUCAACGAGUGGCUUCAUCUGCUGGAGAAGCCUAGCCAAAAGCCUAACAAAUGGAAGAUCCCAUCUUCCUGGAGUCUUCUUUUUGGCAGUGGAAUUCCUCCAGCAAUGUUCUGAUUUCAUUGUUCUAGAGUCUAGGAACAGCCUUUUAUAUGUAUUAUACUGAGUUCGCCUGGUUUGGACGCACAAGAACCCUUUACUGACCAAACAUUUAUCCCAGUCUAUUUUUUUUGAUAAUUAUCUUUGGUGUAAAAGAAUUGUUAAGGGAAAGAAUUGCAAACCAUGUCUAACUAUAGCAGCAUUUGACAAAUGUUUUCCAAUAAAAGAUUAUGACAACAA